GCGCAUGCGCUCCGGGGCUCGGUCCCUGCUGCUCCGCGAGCUGCGUUCACUUCCCAGCCGGUCGCGACGGCUCGAGUGCAAAAGGCGCUUUUUUGCAAGGAGAGGAGCGAUGCUGGCGGCCGGCGCCUGGGAGCUGCGCGCGGCGCUGGGGUGCGCUCUGCUUUGCGCCCUCGCCGCGCUCCCGAGCCGGGCAGGAGAAUGCAAAGAUCUGGAGUCCUGUGAGAAAUGCAUUGAGGGAGAAGCAUCCCUGAACAUCACCGACUGUGUGUGGAUGUUCUGCAGAGAAUCCAAAGAGAAGCAAGGUAGUGGGAGCUGCGUAGGGAAGGGCGAGCCUGCCAAGGAAAAGUGCUCCUUUUACAACAUCACUUCCAUGUGUGAAGCACCAAAAAUGACCACCAAGGAGCCGCCACACCCAACAACUAAAGAGCCCCCAAAGCCAUCAACAAAGAAGCCAGAGAUCCUCACCCCUGGUACAAUGGCCAGCCCUCCACUAACCGGUUCCCCGGAGUUUCACCCUGCGGGCUUUGACUCUGCAAGCUUCAUUGGCGGGAUUGUCCUGGUACUCAGCAUCCAAACUGUCAUCUUCUUUGUCAUCAAGUUCCUCCGCUCAAAGGACAGCACCUAUCAGACACUGAUCUGACGGCUGAUCUUCAGGGAGCUGGCUUGAUGUGUUUCUCUCGCCUGGGAGGAGUAGAUGGAGAAGAGGCCGCCUGUCUGGCCAUAUUUGGAGCCAUGAUCCUCUCUUGUUUCCUUCAGAUGGAGCUGCUUGAAGCAGAAGAUCUGCUGCAGAUUUAGGCAACCUUUUGCCAUAAUGGGUACAGCUCAGUUUAGUUGUGAGGGCCCUUUCGACUUGCUGCAGAAAUGUUACAAAACAUACAUAAGACCUCUUUCACUAGCAAGUUCAAGGCAGGAGGGACUUCUAUCUGCUUCGUCUUUGGGUAGAUGUCACUCUGUGUGGGUAAGAACUUCUUUGACCAAUUAGAAAUGCUUCUGUAUGACCUUGGGUUGCCAGUUCUGGGUUGGGAAAUACUUGGAGAAUUUGGGGGUGGAGCCUGGAGAUGGCACAGCUUGAGGAGGGGAGGAGCCUCAGAUUGGUACAAUGCCCUCGAGUUCACCCUCCAAAGCAGCCAUUUUCUCCAGGGAAACUGGUUUCUAUCAUCGUGGAUCACUUGUAAAAGCAGGAGACCUCCAGGCCCCACAUGGAGGUUGGCAACCCUCUGGCCUGGUUUAAUUAUUUUUACUUUGAAGCUGCAGGGACACACACUUUCAUCAUACCUCCUACACUGAGUUUGUUUUUAAAAUAUGAAGGCCUUCUCCCCUCCCGAUGUAAUAAGCAUGGCUAAAUUUAACCCAUUUGCAGGUGUCUGCUGCUGGCCCUCAUGAUUUUCUGAGCUUUUAAUUUAUUCUUGCUUUGUCCCUCUGCAUAAUGUGAUCCAUGCCUAAUCCACAGUAUUCCAAGCUUGGUUCUGUCAGUAAAAUACAGGUUGGGGGGCUUUCCCGCCCUAAUGAAGAAAUAGAACCCUACCCCAAAAGUUAAAUAUCCAAUGAAACUGGAGCUGCUCUAGUUUAUAAGUAGAGGAAUACAAGACCAAGACACUUUUAAAAUAAUCAAUGUCUUAUAAACAUGUCCAGAAGCUCCGGGUAAAUGCUUAGUCCUAGUGUGAGAGAUGUUGCACAGGAGCUGAUAAGGGGACUGUUAUACAUUCUCAGAGCGGGGAGGAGAGGAACGCUGGACUUUGCUUCUGUUAGGGAAACUGUGGUGGGAUGCUGGCUGGUUAUGCCAAACCCUCCACACGUCGGUCUUCUUGGAAGCUGCCUGCCUGCUGAGAAUGGAUCUUGCCAAGACUCUGGACUUUGAGUCGUCCCUCUGGACUGGAAUAGUGACGGACGCAGAAGGAUCUCUCUAAUAAAAAGAUAUUGGUGGGUUUUUGCUUU